GCUUCUCAUCGGCUCCUGCUAUUAUGCCAAUUCACGCAGUGUUAAUUUGCAGUUACCGCGAUAUAAUUGGUACCAAAGUGUGCGCGAAGGUGCGGGGCAUCGACCAGUACCAGUUUUGACCAAGCGGUACGUGAUUCUCUUGAUUUACGAGGACUUUUUCUGUUGCGGUGCGGACUUUUCGCCAAGCCUAACGUAGGCGUCCCACGAGUACGACCACCGGUGGCGACGGCCCGGCCGCUAGGGCUAACCCGGCGACGAGUACGACCAAGAUGACGUCCGAAAUGGAAGUGGCCACGUCGAUGGGAGACAACAUGGCGUCAGCACCGAACAUCGGCAGUUUCGGUGGGCGCACGUGCAUUGAAGUUCACGGAGAGGACAUUACACCGGAAGAAGCCGAAGGCUGGUUGGCCUCCGGCAAGCGCAUCAAGCAGAUCAUGGCCGGCAAGGAAAACGGUGAGUCCGCCGCCAUUACUCGCCAGUCUAGACCCAAGACUAGGGCCAGCUUUGCUAAGAGAGUUGCAGCCUCGGUAACGAAAGCGGCGAGGAUGCCGACAGACAUGCCGAAAGAAGACACCAAGAUAGUCAUGAGGCCACGUGGAGGUCUCAACGUAGCUAGAACUGAGGUUUCAAUAAUUAUGUCGGCCGUCAUGACGGCGACUCGAGUAACGAAGGAAGAAGGCAAAGCAGACACCAUCUGCACGAACGCGCAGCAAAACAUCAUCGUGGUCAGCACCCCGGACGAGAGGCGUGCCACGCUAUACUCUAAGGUCAAAGCCCUUAACAUAGGAGGCAGGACAUACGAAGUCAGCGCUUACCGAACGGCGCCGGACGGCACGGUCAAGGGAGUCAUCCGAGGCAUCGCCGUAGACGACUCACCGGAAGAGAUAGCCGAAAACAUCGUGAACGCGUGCAACCCCCUAGCGGUGGAGGCGCACAGAAUCGGAAAUACAACCACGGUGAUAGUACUCUUCGCGGGACAGAAAGUACCUAACUACGUCAAGUAUGGCUCGAUAUUAGUCAGGUGCGGGCUUUACCGCAAGCACUUUGACGUGUGCAGGCAAUGCGGCAAGGUCGGUCAUAGAAGAGACGUAUGCCCGAAUCCCAACACCAGAGUGUGCUUCGGCUGCGGAAUCGUGAACCCCAGCGAGGAUCACAAACACGAAUGCAAGCCCAAGUGCAAGCUCUGCGGGGGACAGCAUCCUACGGGCGAGAGGGAAUGCAAAAACAAGUACAAGAUGCCAUACGUGGUCAAAAAACGGCAAUGGGAACGCAAGAUGGAAGCCAUGCAGCAACAACCGGAUCCGGAAAGCUUUCCGCCGCUGCGAGCGCCAUCUGCCGAGAGACCCCGCGGGGAGUCGAGGCAGCGCGACAGCAGCCGCAAGAGGGACAACAGCAAGGGAGGCAGGAGCGCCAGCCGCCACAGACGGUCGCAGUCGAGGGAGAGAGUCGCCUGGGCCGACGCAGUCAAGGCAAACAUGGCAGAGAAGAGACAACCACCAGCGCAAAACGCCGCGAAGAAGAUCCAAGAGGAGAACGGGGUGGUAAAAGCCCUGAGAGACGAGAAUGAGAUGCUAAAGCGGAGAAUCGCCGAACAGGACGCAACCAUCAAGGAAAUCAACGAGAAGCUAACGACAUUAAUUGGGUUGCAGCAACAGCAGCAGCUACUGCCGACGCCCGCACAAGAGAGGAAACAAGAAGAGAUAACCGAGGACGAACCAGAGGUCGAGGUGGACCCGAGAGCCACGAAAGAGGCGGGACCGGCUCCCAAGCGGAGAGCCAUAGAGGGCGCCAAGGAACGAAAGAUAAUGGAGAGAAUCGAAAAACAGGACGACAGACUCGACCGUCUUGAGGCGACCAGCAAGGUAACCAACGAACGCCUCACUACGCUCGCGCAAGCAGUUCAGCAGAUGACAACAAACAUACAGAGCACGAUCCAGAACAUGAUGGCGCAGAUGCAAGCACAGCUGCAGACGCAGAUACAAGCACAAAUACAAGGUAUGAAAGGACAGAUCAUCGCCAAACUGCAGCAAUCAUGGACGGGACAGCACGUACAGCAGCACCCACACCGCCAGUGA